AUGUUUUAUCAACCUGGAAUCACCGAACACAACCUCCCCCACGAUCCAUUCAAGGCGUGUGUCGUCCCCCGCCCGAUCGGAUGGAUCUCCACACAAAACAAGAGUGGCCAAGCCAACUUGGCUCCGUACUCGCAGUUCAAUAAUUUGACGUUCGACCCACCGUACGUGAUGUUCUCAUCCAACCAGACGGUGACGGGCGACCGCAAAGACACAGUCAUCAACGCUGAACAAACGGGCAAGUUUGUGUGGAACCUGGCAACCUGGGACCUUCGCGAAGCGGUCAACAUCUCCGCGGAACAGGUUCCCUAUGGUGUGGACGAGUUCACUCGUGCCAAGGUCACCAAGGAGCCGGCGACAUUGAUGGAUGUCCCCAUGGUGCAGGAAUCACCGGUGAAAUUCGAGUGUGAAUAUCACACCACGAUCAGAUUACCAGGGAACCCUCCCAUGGGGACUGUGGAUGUGGUUAUUGGGCGAGUUGUCGCUGUCCAUAUCAAGGACGAGGUGUUGACGGAUGGAAAGCUGGAUAUUCGGAAAACUCAACCCAUUGCGCGAUGCGGGUACUAUGAAUACACGGUGGUCAAAGAGACGUUCGACAUGGUGAUUCCGGGCAUGUCGGAGGAUGUGUUGUAUGGACUGGAAGGAAGCGCGAAACGCAAUCGCGAGGUCCAAUCACGGGAUGUGAAACCGGGUGGCCAAUAA